AGCCUCCGAGUGAAAGGGUUGAGCAUCUGUCGUGCGGUCCAAGGUGGAGUAUGAUUAAUGCCAGCCAAGACGUGUUUCAAAGCCUGUCAUUAUUUAUGAAUCCUUCACACACCUAGAUUUGCAUUUGCAAUGAAUCGUCAGAAACCACCGUUGUUAGUUCAGAGAAAUCGUCUCCUCGUGUUUCUUCUGCUUGUCUUGGGCUUCGUCAGUGAUUCUGUCCAAGACUCGGCUGGGGUUGGCCUUGGACAGCAGAAAUGUGAUCUCAGUUCGGCGGUGUCGGAUUACCGAGUCGUGAGCCAUGAAGAUCUCCUGCCCGGACUAGAUCAAUUCUCGGACGAAGGUGUUCGACACUUCUCUGAAAUCCUCUUCGACUACAGGCGUUAUCAAGUGAUUGUGGGGGCUCGUGACGCCCUCUACAGACUCAGUCUCGAGGGUCUGACCAAGCUAGAAAAGGCUACGUGGGAGGCCCACGAGUCCACCAAAGGCAUUUGCACAACUAAAGGCCAAACCGAGGAGGACUGUCGGAACUACAUCAAGGUUUUGGUGGCCCACAAUGACCAGGUCUUCGCUUGUGGGACCCAUGCCUUCAGUCCCAAGUGUUCGUGGCGAGAGAUUGAAGAGAUCAAUCGCGUCUCAAAAUCGAUUGACGGGCGCGGCAAGUGUCCCUAUAGCCCGCAUGCCAACAGCACCUCUCAUAUGACCAAAAACGGGGAAUAUUACAUCGGGAGUUCCACGGAUUUCUCGAGCAAUGACCACGCUAUUUAUCGAAUGUCUGGGGCUCAGUUCGAAAAAGUCGUUCGAACCGUGCAAUACAAUGCCCUCUGGCUGAUGAAACCAGAUUUUGUGGGCUCCUUCGAAACGUCCAGAUUCAUUUACUUCCUCUUCAGAGAGACCGCCGUUGAGUACGGAAACUGCGGCAAGGCCAUCUACUCGAGGAUUGCUCGCGUUUGUAAAUCCGACGACGGAGGAACCCUGGUCCUCAAGAACACAUGGACCACGUUCCUCAAAGCCCGAUUGAAUUGCUCACUCCCGGGCGACUAUCCCUUUUACUACAACGAGAUCCAGUCCAUGGACUAUCUUGACGAGGAGAAGAUCAUUUAUGCCACCUUCUCAACCAACGAAAAUAGCAUUCUCGGUUCGGCCGUGUGCAGCUUCAAGAUCUCCGAUGUGGAAACGACAUUUACUGGACGUUUCAAGACUCGAUCGGGCCCAGCGGCCAUUUGGGAGUCCAAGAGUGAUAUCCAUUCCCACUUUGAGUGUGAAGCCAGUGAUAAUAAGCAUUUGGAGGUGAAUUCACGCGAAUAUCAGCUCAUCAACGACGCCGUUCAACCCACGUUACCCCGCCCACUCUAUCAUGAGAAUCUCGAACAAUACACCCACAUCGUGGUGGAGUCGAUUGCGACCAAGCAUCAAGAUAAUUAUCCUGUUCAUGUCAUUUUUUUGGCUUCUCGCUCUGGGGGGGUCAUCAAAAAGCUGAGUUUCAACACUCGAACGAGUCGCACUUGCUUGGUGGAGGUCUUGCACCCAUUCGCCUCCGAGAAGCGCCUGAUCUCCAUAAGCAACCUCAAGCUUUUUGCUCCCACCAAUUCGCUCUACGCGACAACCGAGGAAAAUGUGCUCAGAAUCCCAACUCAGCGAUGUCAGCGGUUCGCUUCCAAGAGAGCAUGUCUCAAUUCCAUGGACCCGUAUUGCGGCUGGAACAAGCUCAAGGAGGAAUGCACCGUGACGCCCCAUAAGAACCCAAGGGCCAGCUAUUGGGAUCAAAAUCUGUUGACCUGCCCCAUCCUCACCGAUCCGGUGGACGGUGCCUGGGGUCCUUGGUCAAGCUGGGAAACGUGCGACUACUUGCCUUCUGAAACCAACGACAAAUUGAGAUUGACAAACGACCGUCGAAAUCAGCAGGCUGACACCUGCAUGUGCAAACGACGAGACUGCAACCAACCCAAGCCCGCUUAUGGGGGUCAGAAAUGCCAGGGAAGCCCCUUGGAGGUAACCAACUGCACUCGCAAUGGCCAAUGGACGGAAUGGUCGGAAUGGAGCUCGUGUUCCAAUUCCUGCGAUUUAGGAACGCAGCAGCGAAAAAGAAUCUGCGGCAAUCCGGCUCCAGCUUUCGGUGGCAAAACUUGCAUUGGGCCGGAUUUGGACACGCGUUAUUGCAGUGAUUUACCCCCUUGUGCUGCCUUGAGUCACAUCUCCACGGCUUCGGCCUCACUUGUGAGAGAAGAUGUAUCUCGAUGGACGGAUUGGACCGAAUGGUCCCGGUGUUCAGCCAGGUGUGGGAAAGGCUUUCGAUCAAGACAACGUCAAUGUUUUGGCCUGCAGUGUUCCGGCUCUUGCAGUAAAGAGUUUGAGGAAUGUGAGUCCACAGAGUGCUCUGAUUUGCUGGAAGUGACUGACUGGACCCCCUGGAUUCGCACAAAUGGUUCUGCCUGGGAUGGUGGCUCUUGGUCUGAGAAACGAUUCAGGUUCAACUAUCAGGCUCCAUUGGCCAUCAAUCAAGUUGGAGAUAUCUCGGAGGAGGAGAGGAUUUGCAAGUCCACCAACCACUGCUCCAUGUUAUCAAUCACCCAGCCCAGGAAAAACGGGUUGGCAGAGGUCUGGAGUGAGUGGUCAAAGUGUUCUCGCGAAUGUGGAACCGGACAUCAGAUUCGAAUUCGAGAGUGUCCUUUUGGCCAAGAUGGUUGCACAGGACAGACCUUCGCCCAGAGGGCCUGCAACCUUCAACCUUGUCAAGGUCAAUGGAGCUGUUGGUCCGAGUGGUCACCGUGCGAUCGAGAUGGAAAGCGACGACGGUCUCGGGAUUGCCAGAACCAUCAAUUUGGUGUCUCAUCCGCCACCGCCAAUGAUGGAGUCACUUGCUCCGGCGGAUCCAGCUAUGAAGAGAUGGGCUGUGAUGGGUGGGGCAUGUGGGCAGCGUGGGGAGAGUGCGAUGGCAACGGCCAUCAGACCCGUUACCGCGCCUGUGUGGCCUCUCAAUGUAGCGGGAGUGACCAAGAAUCAAAGCCCUGUGGGGCGGACUCAAUUGAUCUGGCACGGGUCACUACUGCCGGAGCCGGUUCCGUUAUAGGUGCGUGUGUCUGUGGCUUUGUUUUGGGCGUUUUCGUAGGUGCUGGGAUCGUGUAUUAUGUCCUGAUUCACCGACGUGGUGCCGGAGGGGCCAAUGGCUCACCGCAUUACGUGUCAGCUAAAUCCCAAAAUCUCUACGUUAGUCUCCCCAUGUUGGACUUGAGACAUAAGCACUUGUCCUCUUCAUCAAACCAAAGCGAUUGUGGCACCCUCAGGUCCACGACCACGGCUGGAACACUCCGUUCUACAAAGACCGGUUCCAUCUAUAAUGGAACUCUCAAUGGCAACAAGCACGGUGACUAUGAAACAGCCACCAUUAAGCGGAGCCACAGUCAGAGAAAUUCCAGCCUUUUGUCCUCCGGAAAUCACAUCCGAGCGGACCUCGAGUCAGAUCAACUGUUCAACUGAGACGAUACCAAGAAAAGGGAGAAUAGGAAGAAUAGUGAACUUGGGGAAAGAUGUGGCUACAUCCUUCCCUUCCAGCUAAUUGUUCAAGCGUGAUCUCAAAAAAGAAUUUCAGUGUUUAGUAAAUCUUCAUUAACUUCAGACGGACUAACCCGCUAGCAGACCAGCUAAGCGUUCUCUACACACAUUAAGAUUCCUCCAGUGUCCUAAAUCAUCGUUCAUUUCAUCGAGAUUCAAGACGAAAUAUAUCUUGAGAAUACCCUAGA